AUGUUGCUAAAGGUGGGAUUACAAGACAUAAACAUCACCUUGCAGAAACAAGAUAAAGUUGAAAGGAAUCGCAUUCCUCACUUUAAUGAUGAUGUGGUGGAUAUAAAUGAUGAAGAUGAAGAAGAAGCUGGUGAGGCCAUCCUAAGGCCAUCCACUGAAACAGGGAAGAAGAAGGGGUACUUGGUGGGAACCCCCGAACAUAACCAGCUUCACAAAAAACUAAGAGGUGACGCGGUUCAGAAGUUUGCCCGUUGGAUGUAUGAUGCAGGUCUUGCAUUCAACGCGGUGAAGUAUGAUAGUUUAGGGUCUGCACUUGAAGCCAUUGCUAUACAUGGUCCCGGUAUGAAACCCCCUAGCUACCAUGAGGUACGUGUUCCUCUGUUAAAGCUAGAGAAAGAGCACACAAAGAAACUUUUGAUACUUAAUGAGACCGAGAAGAAGGCAAUCGGGUGCUCUUUGAUGGCUGAUGGUUGGAGGGACCGAAAAGGAAGAGCACUUAUCAACUUCUUAGUGAAUACUCCACGAGGAAGCAUGUUUCUAGAAUCUGUAGAUGCAUCUUCUUAUUCUCAUACAGAUAGUGUUGCCAACAAUGUUAGUGCUGCCAACAAUGUUUUGGCGGGGAAAAUGGUGGAAGCAAAAUAUCCACACAUCUAUUGGACUCCGUGUGUUGCGCAUUGCAUUGAUCUCAUGCUUGAAGACAUCUUCAAAGUGACUCAUCUUAAGAAGACACUAGACAAAGCAAUUACGGUUAACACUUACAUUUACAACCGUGCAUUGCUCUUGAAUAUGUUGAGAGACUUUACGGGUCAAAGAGAUAUGAUUAGGCCCGCAAAGACCCGGUUUGCAACCGCCCUCUUAACUCUAAAUUGCUUUAGGAGUCAUAAGACAAGUUUGAAGAAGUUGUUCACGUCUAAAGCUUGGAACAAAAGCAGUGAAAGAAAGCCGGCUAUGGGGUACAUUUAUGAAGCCAUGGAUAGUGCAAAGGAGCAGAUUGCAUACUCAUUCAACAACAAAAUUAACAAAUACAAAGCUUUCUUUAAAAUCAUUGAUGACAGGUGGAAUUGUCAACUUCACCAAGAUUCGCAUGCGGCUGGUCACUAUCUGAAUCCAAGUAUUUUUUACAACAACCCAGGAGUGAAAGAAGAUAGUGAGGUGAUUAAGGGCUUGAUGGCAUGCAUACAUAAGAUGUCAUCAGAAGAAGAUGAGACCAAGAUUCACCAAGAGCUCUCUAUAUAUACCGGUGCAGAAGAGUUAUUUGCGCAACAUAUGGCUGUUAAAUUAAGAACAACACUUGCACCAACGAAAUGGUGGAUGCAAUAUGGAUCAUCAGCACCGACACUUAAGAAGUUUGCUGUGAAGGUGUUGAGUCUUACUUGUAGUUCAUCAGGGUGUGAGCGUAACUGGAGUGUUUUUGAACAUAUCCAUUCGAAAAAAAGAAACCGUCUUGAACGACAAAACCUAAAUGAUUUAGUUUACAUCAAAUAUAAUCGAGCAUUAAGGAGGAGGUAUGAUAUGCGGGAUAUGAUCGACCCGAUCAUCUUGGAAGACUCACACAUACAUGACCCGUUUGAGUGGUUGGCGAGUGAUGAUGAUGGUCUCGUGUUUGAGGGUGAUGACUUGAGAUGGGAUGUUGUGGCAGAGGCUAUGGGGGUGGAUGAGCCGGUUCAUCUAACUAGAAGAACAACAACACCAGGUGGGAGGCAAGGUGGUAGGCAAGGGGGGAUGCAAGGGGUUGUUGGGGUUGCUGAGUCAAGCUCACAAGGUAGAGCUAGAGCUAGACAGCCCCAUUUGGUAGAUGAACCUGAAGAGGAAAAUGAUGUUGGGGUUUAUAAGGAGUUUGUUGAAAUAGAGGGGGAAGAUGAACUCGUAUUUGAGGAGGAUGAGGAUAACGAUUAG